AUGGUGGCGUUCGCGCUAAACGGGCAUCUCGACGAGGCCAGAUCACUGUUCGCCGCGAUCGAUUCGCGGGACUGCGUGUGCUGGAACGCCAUGAUCCAGGCGCUCGUCCUCAAUGGCGAGAAUUCCUGGGCGAAAGAGGCAUUCAAUCGGAUGCCCUGCCGCGAUAGCUUCGCGUGGACGACGAUCAUCGCCAUGUACGCACAGGCCGAGGAACCCGAUCGAUCCAAGGCCAUGUUUGAUUCGAUGGAGAGCCCGGACGUGGUGUCGUGGAACGCGAUGCUCGCCGCUUACGCCCAGAAUGGAUUGAUUGCCCAAUCAGACGAGCUGCUGCUGCGAUUCCCCCAUUGGAACCUCGUCACCUGGAGCAUCAUGAUCCAGGCGCUCGCCCAAGCGGGGCAAAUGGAUCGCGCUGAGAAGUUCUUCCAGACACUUCCCAGGAAAGAUCCAAUGUGCUCGACGGUCAUGAUCUCUGGCUAUGGUAUCUCUGGCGAUAUCCAAAGAGCCAAGAGAAUCUAUGAUCAAACUUUCGAGCCAAAUGUUGUCACCUCAACCGCGAUGCUUACAGCACUUGCCGCGAAUGGGUAUCUAGAACAGGCGGAGCUUCUGUUCGAGUCAAUCCUCGACAAAAACGUGGUGACGUGGACGGCUAUGGUCGCAGCUUACGCUCUAAAUGGGAGGCCGUGUGAAGCCUUUUGUGCGUUUGAAUUGGUACCACAGAAGCACGUUGUAUCAUUGGCAUACUGUCCUUGCGGCAUAUGCCCAAGUUGGGCGCAUGCCCAAAGCGGGCAUGGGAGUGAUACGCUUGGGUUGUUUCGGAUCAUGGAUCUCGAGGGCGUCAAGAGCAAUGACAACACUCUUGUCGGGGUCUUGUCGGCUUGCAACCACAUUGGCCUGCUGAGAGCCGGCAGGGAAUAUUUCUUGUCCAUGGACAGUGACCGGGGCAUCCGUCCGACAUUCCAGCACUACUGCUGCGUUGUGGACAUGCUUGGCCGGUCUGGACUGGUGAGGGAUGCGGAGGAGCUCCUGGAAAACAUGCCCUUCUUUGCUGGAUCUGCGGCAUGGAACACACUCCUCAGUGCGUGCUCCAAGGCUGAGGCGACUCCAAAGAUUGUGGAGGAGGAGAGAUUCUCUUUGCCUCUCCUGGGGGAGGAUGAGGAUGCUGCAACGUUUGUGUUGCUUACAGGAAAGUGGCUAGAUCGUUGUGCUAGAUUCACUAGGGACACCUCACAAGUUCAAAGCGCUCCUUCGGAGGAAGACCAUGGUGGGAGCAGUGGUGUCCAGAUCCAAGUAAUGGUUGAUCUUGAUCCAGGUGUUAGCAUGCAAGAGCCAGAUGGUUCUAGAGAGCAUGGAAAUGCAGAAACUAGCUAUAGCACAGGAGAAGCUGCUGGUGGUAGUGCCAUAGGUGGUGGUGUGGAAGUUGGUGGCAGAAAUGAAGCACCUAGUGCUAUAGGUGGUGGGGCAGAUCUUGGUGGUGGAAAUGGCGGACAUGCUACCGCUCCCGAAGGUCACAGAAAUGAGGUGGUAACUAUGCUAGAGGCCGACACGAUCUUGAAUGAGCAAGUACACGAGACUAUUAUCUAG